GCGCGUUAUAUUUAAGCCGUCCGCGGAUCCGGUGCCCACGGUACGUACUCUGGUCGGAACGUGGUGUCCCCGGCGAACGAAAAUCAAUAUUUCCGUCGCGACGCGAGCAGCAGAGAGCAUACAGCGGGCCGGUCGCCAUUUGCCGUGCCAUUACUCGCGCGCUCUCCCACGUAUCGCCGGGAUUCUAUCUCUCUCUCACGUCGACGGCGUCACGACGACGACGACGACGACCGACAGGGCCGCUGCCGCCGUCGUCACCGGUCAGUCGCGCCGCGUCGCUUCGCCCUGCGACUCUUAUGCGUGUAUGCGUACAUACGUCGUUGGACACGCGCACGUCGCCGAGUGUUCACCGUGAGAGGAGACCGAGGUGCAGACAUCACCCGCAGGAGUAGCAGCAGCGCCGGUAGAAUCCUGUUUCCUGCGCAUCGCGCCGAACCGACAGCUUCGACCCGAUCUCCGUAGGUUCGAUUUACUCCGAGCAUCGUCUGCGGCGAGUCGAACGUCCGCGCGAUUAUCACGACUUGUCCUUCGCUCUCCCUUCUUCCCAUCCUCUCCAUCUCUCUCUCUCUCUCUCUCUCUCUCUCUCUCUCUCUCUCUCUCUCUCUCUCUCUCUCGCUAGCUCGCUCUUUUUCCCCGUCCAUCAACCUGAGGGAGAGCCAAACCAGCCUCGGUGAGAAGGCGGUAUCCCGUUCCGGUGGCGCGGAAGCCGCGUCGCCGACGGUCUCUCUCGCUCGCCAAUAACUCUCUUCCCUCUCUCCCUCCCACCCCCGUCCUCCCGCUCUUCCCCUCUUGUGCGCUAGCCCUUUCGUUACCGCGCGCCGAAAACGAUGGCGUUUCUGAGGAGUGUGUCACGACGAUGCUGCGCCGGCAAGAAAUUGACCAAGUGGGCGCCGCCGUUAGCCGUGGUAGGCCUCCUGGAGAACAUCGCGACGAUGACGACGACGACGACGACGACGGCGGUGGCGGCGGCGGCGGUUACCAGGGUACCACCGUCGUUGCGGCUGGUUGCACAGGUGCGUGGCUAUAACACCUCCUCCUCCUCCUCCGCCGCUGACGUCAGAAAGCAACGACAGCAGCAGCAGCAGCAAUCGGCGGCGCCUCGGCAAAUCGAUCCGCUCGAUUUGAAGUUUAAUGACCCGGUCGCCUCCUUCAAGAGCAAGACCACCAUGGAGCUGAUGCGCGCCUACGUUGUCUACCAGAUGUGCACCAUCGAGUACAUCGUGGAACACAAUAUGAAGUUCAUGAAACUGGCGAAUGCAAUACUGGGUGAAAAGCUGUUUACGAAGCUUAUGAAGGCGACGUUUUACGGUCACUUCGUCGCCGGCGAAGACGAGGUGCAGAUCACUCCUGUCUUGGACAGACUGCGACAAUUUGGAGUUAAACCGAUCCUUGAUUAUUCCGUCGAAGAGGACAUCUCGCAGGAGGAGGCUGAGCGGCGCGAGAUUCAAGCCUCAGUGUCGGAAGCGGGCGACGAGAAGAGGGAGGGCCCGCUGAAGAAGUAUCACGUGGAGAAGUCAUUCGCCGAUCGACGAUACAAGGUGUCAUCGGCCAGAACAUAUUUCUACCUGAAUGAAGCGUCAUGCGAGCGAAACAUGGACAUAUUUAUCAGGUGUCUGGAGGCUGUGGCGAGUGCUUCAAUGGGAAUGGGCAUCACAGCCGUCAAAUUAACGGCACUUGGUCGACCGCAGCUUCUGUUGCAAUUAUCAGAGGUAAUUAUGCGUGCACGGCAGUAUACAUCAGACGUUAUCGGCGGCGAGGGUGCCGUUCUGACUCAUCACGCAAAGCCUGAUGAUUUUAGGAAAAAAUUCGAGGAGGCACACAUCAAAGACGACCCAUCGGUGCAAAAGUUCCUUCAAAAAAUUCAGUCAGAUAAGGAAGGUGUGAUUCAUAUCUUUCCAUGGAGCGGUAUUCUAGACGAAAAUUACGAACUGAGCGAAGCGUUUCAAGUACCUGAUAUUAAGACGGGCAAGAUGGUUAGGCUAAUGUCGCAGCUCACGUCCAAGGAAGAAGAGAUGUUCAGAAACAUGAUCAGACGUCUGAACAAUAUCGUUACGGUGGCUGACAAUCUGGAUGUUCGCAUCAUGAUAGAUGCGGAACAGACAUACUUCCAACCAGCCAUUUCCCGCCUGACGCUAGAGAUGAUGCGCAAGUACAAUACGAAAAAGGCUGUGGUAUUCAACACUUACCAGACGUAUCUUCAAGAAGCGUUUAACGAGGUGAAAACGGACCUCGAACAGGCGGAACGCCAAAAUUUUUAUUUCGGUGCUAAACUUGUUCGCGGCGCGUACAUUGAACAGGAAAGGGCAAGAGCGGCAGCUAUGGGUUAUCCAGACCCCACGAAUCCAACAUACGAAGCGACGACCGAAUCCUAUCAUAAGACGCUCAUGGAGUGCUUGAGGCGGAUGAAACAGUACAAGGACAAGGGAGAAGAUCCCAAAAAAAUAGGAAUUAUGGUCGCCUCACACAAUGAAGAUACCGUGCGUUUCGCGAUCGAAAAAAUGAAAGAAAUCGGGAUUUCACCGGAAGAUAAAGUCAUAUGUUUUGGUCAAUUGUUAGGAAUGUGCGACUACAUAACAUUUCCAUUAGGUCAAUCCGGUUAUUCCGCGUACAAAUACAUCCCGUACGGACCGGUUAAGGAGGUAUUGCCGUACUUGUCACGACGCGCACAAGAGAACCGGGGCAUACUUACGAAGAUCAAGAAAGAGAAACGCCUGCUACUGAAUGAAAUUGCGAGACGUAUAGUGCGUGGCAAGAUCUUUUACAAACCCAAGGGCAAUUACACUCCGGUUUGAACAGUCAAUCCGUUUUUAGUUGCACACAGACAGAAUUUUAAGUAUCAAAUUUAAGUAGUGAAUGUAAAUUAUCGAGAACUCUCCUUAAAGAACUUGAUAAGGGCACUUCGGAUUAAAAUAACUGAUUGAAGUAACUUGACAGACCUGUUACUGAGGUACUCAGAAGAAAGAGAGCGUCGUGCGCGCGUGAGUGUACGUGAGACUUAAGGGUAUACGCAGUGUUAUCUAUUACGUAAAAAUCGCCUUAGUGUUGUAUUGUCGAAUUUACCGAUGCUCAAAGCUGCUGAGUAAAACUACAGUAUGUAUUCGUUGCUCGUUUCAUCGUUAUUAAAGAGAGUGCCAGAUUGUACUAUAAUUUAGUUUCACUCAUAAGAUGGUGUUUUCACAAAAAUCGCUUAAAGAAUAUCCAACAUCAUCUCGUUUCACGGCUAGUAUACAAAAUUAACAAUAGUUUUUUAAAAAUAGUCCACGUAUUUUCUAUGCACAGUAUUAAGGUAUCGGCUGGAUCAAUUUAUGGCUUUUUUGCAAUGAAACGCAACAAUAAUGAUGAUUAGGAGAAAUCUUGCUUCGUUUUUUAGUACAUUUGCGUUCAAGUUUUACAAUUUUUUUGAGAAUCUCAUUGAAUAUUUUCUAUGUGUAUACGUAAUAUACGCGCGCAUAAAUUAUUUAUGAUCGUGUUCACCUAAAUGUCUUAUCGUCCAUGCUAUCGGUAAUAUUAAAAGAGCGGAGGGUAGGGGAGGGAAAUAAGGAGAAAUAAAGAACAUUGCGUUUAAAUUCAAAUAUAAUACGAAUAAUUCAGAUAUUGUACGAAUUUCGACGAUUAUCGCUCACGGUGAACAUUGAAUACGAACUGUUUAGAACAUUCGCGAUGCAUACAAUUAUCUGGAAGGAAUGGGCAGCAUCGCGUGCGCUUCCAUUAAGCGUGACCUCGCCAAUGAGCAUUUUAAUAUGCGGUCUGCGGAACAAUAGAGAAAGUAUCAUGUCUGAGUAAAGAAGAAACGACAAAUAACACGCGUAUUAUGAAAAGAUAGUUCUUAGGAGUGCGACGAGAUAACAGGGUGAAAGUAUAAUAAGAUUCAGAAGUAUCUUAGCGAGAGACGUACGGAUUUUCGAAUGCUCUUGGAUAGCAGAAGAAAGAAAGAAAAGGAGACAGAGUCGUUCUUCGUAGUGCACGCGUAGUGUCAAGUCGCGAUACAAAAGUGAUUUUGGGCUGGCACGGCAAUAACGAAAGUCGGAGAGAUCUGCGAGAAAUGCAAUAUUUCUUUUGUGAUACGUUAAUAGCCGUAGUUAAGCCACACACAUAUAGACAAGAUAUUAGUCUUCGCUUAAGCCUAAAAUUGCUCCUCGCGUUACAGGAUGAUCCGUAAGAAAAGCGUAUAGCACUGUUGGAGAACAUCGCAAUAUAUUAACGAUAAAAAAAUAUGCACUCCGUCAUCCUUAUUGUUUCUUUCCAAGGAAAAAGAUAAAGGAGGACCGAUUUAACAAAUUCAUGCCGUGAUUGAAAGAGUUUUAAGUAUUAACGAAUCCGUUUUUUCAUCUGUCAUGAGAGAAAUUAUAUCUCGAUGGGAGGACUUAUCGAAGAUUAGGCGAUGAUCUGAUUGGUGAAAUGAAAGAAUUGCGUCCAGUCUGAUGAUGUUUCGUAUAUUUAGCGUUACUUGUCGACGUCGCUGCGGGACUGUAAUUCGCGACUUCGAAAAUCACGAUCAUGUAAUCAACGAUCAGCAAGUUACGAUAUAAUUUAGCCUAUAAGAUUAUACAAGCGUUUCCGAGAUUGCGUAGCGCAUUCUGAUAUUCUCAGGCCAGUAUAUUUCCUUUUAUACUCACUAUAGACGACUCAAUAAUGUAUUUCUCCAGUCGGUACUAUUACUAUCUACUUUUUUUCCGAGCUUACAAAUUGUCACCAGAUUAUACUCACUUUGUUUCUCUGGGCGAUCAGUACGCGAGUGCAGUCAUUUGUGAUCUCCUAUCUUUUUGCUGUAUACGUUAUGCGAGAGCGUUUCGUUUAGAGUAUGUGUGUAUGUAGCCUACAUUUAUACACAACUGUAAUAAUCCAAACGACAUACGUUUGCGUAGAGUAUGUACUCGCUUCAUAGAGACGCAUUGCGUGCGCGACAUUGAUCGAUUCACAAGAAGGAAGAAAAGAAAAAAUUAUAGAGCGAUUCUAAAAUUUUCGUUGUGAAUCGUAUUGAAUUAAAAUGCUGGAAGAGAGAAAGAGAUGAAAGGAAAACGAAAAACAUGGUCGAUGAAGAAAUAAAUAAAAGGGCAUUGUUACAAGUUA